CAUACCUGUAGAAAGAUCGAUCGCACACGAGCUGCGGUAACGUCCACCGAUGAGGGCAGAAACAUCCUCACUUGAGGGCCACGCUCUGUCCUACAAGAUGAACUGCUUGGAAAACGACAUCAAUCAACACUUCCAGGACGCCAUCGACGUCCUUCAGCAGCAUUCCAAUAUGUCCUACUAUGACUCAGAGUACGCAUACUACGAGACUGUGGUUCCCCAGCAGCCGUCUCUGCAGUGCCAGAUCUCCUACUGCCUGGUCACCCCCCACUCUGACGUCCCAGCACCCAUGUAUGACUGGAGUGACACCAGCCUACAAGGGCAGCAGCAGCAGCAGACGUGGUCUCAGAUGAUCCCUGAAGCCUCCUUAGGGGACUCGGUGGAAACUGAACCUGCUCACGUCUACUCCCAACUUCCGUCGCAAAGGAAUAACAAAGGAUUAUGCUCAGGUCGCAAGAAGCUCCGACUUUACGAGUACCUCCACGAGGCCCUCAACGAUCCCGACAUGGGCGACUCCAUCCAGUGGAGCGACAGCGCCAGCGGAAUCUUCCACUUCAUCUCCAAGAACAAAGAAAGGCUGGCCGAGUCCUGGGGCCAACGUAAGGGCAACCGCAAGGCCAUGACCUAUCAGAAGAUGGCGCGGGCCCUGCGCAAUUACAGGCACACGGGCGAGAUCAUCAAGGUCCGCCGCAAGCUCACCUACCAGUUCAACCCGGACAUCCUGCACCGGCUGGGCUCGGGACAGGCGCACAGGAACCGGCAGCCGAGCCCGGCCAGACGAAGCUACUGCGGCUCUGCGGCGCCGGACUGGCAGAACUGGUAUGCGCCAUACCAGGUGCAGGACUACGAGCAGGCCGCAAGCUUCAACUCGCAUUGCUGAAAGACUUUUCAGUCGAUACAUUUCACCAAAAAGAUUAGUGAAAAAUAAAUGUAAAAUAUUUUUUUUAUUGAAGCAAAGUGUCAUGCAAAUGGAUCAGACUGCAUUUUUAGUAGAAAUAACUGCAAAUAACAACCAAAGUGACAUUAAACACCUCAAAUUGGAUUUGACCUUGAAAUCAUUUAAAUCCUUCAAAAACUGUAAAAUUUUGUGGACGUAUUAAUCCAACUUUUGCACUCCUAAUAUGGCAAUGAUAUUGGAGCCUUGAGAAUUGGCAGAUUCCAAUAUUGAACCAAACAAAAUACCCUGUUAUUUUGCAGUGUUAAAUGUUACAAAAGGUUUGAUCAAGUGAAAUUAGUAAUUUAGAGAACAACAGUAGGUAGGAAAAACGCUAAUCUACCGUAUUUUCCGGACCAUAGGGCGCACUGCCGAUGAAUGGUCUAUUUUCGUUCUUUUUUCAAAUAUAAGGCGCACCGGAUUAUAGGCCUUUGUAGUUCGUGUGUCGGCACAGGGACGACAAAGGCGGACGCGCGCAAUUUUUCAGGAUUUAUGCAGAUCCCAAAUGCAGAUCAGCAUUUACCAGAAGGCAAGAAAAGUUUCUUUUGCAUAAUAUUGCGAAACAAAACACCAGAUAGUAUGUCUUACGUUAUACACACCAUAAUAAUACUCGUAUGUUUAAUCCAUCAAGCGGUGCGGCUUCAUAGCUUACCGAAGUCGUACUAAAAUAUUUUGAUAGAUUUUUGAGCCCCGUUUGUAAUGUUCUGUAUUUUCAAUGGAACAUAUAAAAUGUUGGUGUUGUUUACGUGAGUCGUACUGCCAUCAUAGUGUAGUCUACAUGUAUCUCUUAUGUUUGACUGGUCAUACUUAUUAUUACACUAUGUACCACAUAAAAUUGCUUCAAGGUCGGUAAGCAAAACCAGAAUUAUUCCAUACA